UGCUGGUUCGAAAAAGAAGCAUGCUGGCGAUAAAUACAUCAAUCUUGUCGUGCCGAGUGUGCACUGGUGUGUUUGCCGUUGAGCCUUGGCUCUUCCCUUGGCAGGUGGUUCUUUGCAGAUCUCGCGAUGUCCUUACUACAUACAUGUACGCACGUAUAAUUGCCAUGCGUUACGCAUACCAAGCCUGGGACCUGGACAAGGGCCAGAGUCAGACACCCAGGAGAGGACAGACACAUCCAUCAAAGACAAAGGACGUCACCUUGUUUGGGCGAUUUCGUGGAGCUCGACGCGGAGAACUUUCCGGGGUAAGUUUGGCUUGCAAGCUAAUUAGCAAGCCAGCAGACCAGGCCGCUGGGACGCUGGCUGACACGGGGAAGCAAAAAGAGCCGGCAAUUGCGUUUGGCGUAAAACAUUGCCUCGGCGUAAUAAACCAUUGUUUUGGCGUAAAACAAGCCCGGCGUCUGGUGCAUUGCCAUUGACAACACGAGGGGAGACGCAAGCCACACCGAGCUUCGUGCCGCUCCUCUUGAAAUUGAAGCCUGUGCGGGCGUCACAACGGACAGGGACAUGGCAGAAAACUCGCUCGUCGCAGCAGACGCAUUACCCGACUCGGAUAAGUCAAACAUACUCGCGCUUGUACGUAAGAUUAGGCCAUCAAUGGGUUGCGAACUUCUGGUAGAGUCGACUGGAAAGCCGGGGGGCAUCAUGCCAGGAAGGGGGUGUGGUAGUCACCCUUCCAAGUCGAGUGAAUGUUGCGUUGCAUCGGGUUGGGAGCGCGCAUGGUGGUGAACGUUGCAAAUGUCGCGACCAAGAUCUCGGGAUGCUGGGUUGAUGUGUUCCCUGCACCAGGACAAAGACCAACUGCAGGGGCCCUUGAAC